CCGAGCGUUCAGGCCGAUUUGGUAAACUGGUUCAAUUUGUUCACUAAAAAGAACCGGCUCAAAACAACGGUUCGUUCACGAACUGGACAUCACUACUCGAGAGACGUUGCACACAUCUCGGCUUUAAGUUAAACCUGACGCUGGUUGUAAGUAAACAUACGGAGCUUAAAUCCAGCAUAUGCUUAAUGCGGGAGAGCGACUAAACGUCAGAUUUGCACUCGGGAUUGACGCCGAGGCAGACCGAUUAUUUCCACGGUGACUGCGUGAAGAGAGCUCCGUCCUGUAGGGGGAUCGCGUGACGUUUUGUGGCGUGAAUAUAACCGUGACAGAUCCGUAGAGCUCGCGUGGAUCUAUCGUGCCUCAGGGGUUCACCAGAAAUCGUCUCUCACAUGAUGUACACAAUAACCAGAGGUCCCAGCAAACUUGUUACACAACGGAGGACAGGCCCCACGCAACAGAUUGAGAGUAAAACGAACGAUUUGAAACAGAAGCAAAGCCACUGGCUCGCAUCGGAUUCCCCUGCGCCUAAGAUUGUGUUUCACCGGCUGAACGGAAAGCGGUAUCACAGAUCCACCUCUCCCAAAGCUGACAGCACGACCGAAGAUUUCACCUCGGCACACGAGGAGAAUGUUCGAUUUGUUUUUGAGGCCUGGCAGGAGGUGGAACAGAAGCUCGGAGAGGGAUCCCAGCCGGGAAACGGGAAAGGACCAGUGCAGUACGCUGAGAGAAGUCCUAAUCCCGGCAUGAAGAAUUUUGUGCCGAUUGACCUUGAGGAGUGGUGGGCCCAGCGAUUCCUGGCCAAUAUUGCCAACCUGUCAUGACUGUUUCAUGAUGGGGCAUGAGGAGAUGUGGCUGAAUGGUCCAGACUGAGGGUGCCGGGCAAGUGCAGUCUGACUCCG